AACUUUCUUUCUGUCCAAGCAGGUCCUUUCCCUCUAAAUUUUCUCCCCGCUUUCCUAUUUCUUUCUCGCUAGAUAUCCCCCCCAUUAACUCUUUUUAUUUCCAAUUUCGUCCCUCUAAAACCCUAAACCUUUCUUCCUCCAAGAGAUGUUGAUGUCCAGGGCUUUGUCACGCGUCUCGAGGAGCGUGGCUGCACGCUCCUUGCUUGUCUCUGCUCCGAACAAGCUUCAAAAGCCAAGCCUUUCCAAUCAGUUUCAUUCUCUUGUUUAUGAAUCUCCGAAUAAGUUGGUUACAAGUGAUGUGUCUCUGUUGCAUCAUUCAAGCCACAAUUUCUCUGCAUUCCAACGAUUCGGGAUCUCUUCGUCUGCCUCCCCUGAGCCCUCAGAGAAGGAACAUGGGAGUGCUGUAGAAAAUAAUGGUCAAGAGCCUGCAAAACCAAGUGGGGAUAUGAAUCCUGGAGAGGCUGAAGUUGCUGAUCAAGCAAAAGAAUCAGGUUUUAACUCAGAAUCCCAAAAUACAAUGCCUCAAUCUAAUAAAAGAAGGAGAAGAGCUGCUAAACGAACUGCAUUUUCUGAUUCAGAUUCUGAGAGUGAUGGUGAUCUGUCAAUGGCCGACAUGGUAAAACUUGUGGAGGAGAAAGAAGAACUCUUGAAGGCAAAGCAAAAGGAGAUUGAACAAAUGCAGGACAAAGUUGUUCGCACUCUUGCGGAAAUGGAGAAUGUUAUGGCCAGAACAAGACGUGAAGCAGAGAACUCAAAAAAAUUUGCCAUACAGAAUUUUGCAAAGGGCCUUCUAGAUGUGGCAGACAAUUUAGGAAGGGCUUCUUCGCAUGUUAAAGGCAGUUUCUCUAAGUUUGACAAAUCCAAAGACACUGUUGGAGCUGUGCCACUCCUAAAGACACUCCUAGAAGGAGUUGAAAUGACUGAGAAACAACUUGGAGAGGUAUUUAGAAAGUUUGGAGUGGAAAAAUUUGAUCCUACAAAUGAACCAUUUGAUCCACACAGGCACAAUGCAGUAUUCCAAGUACCAGAUAAUUCUAAGCCUCCUGGCACAGUUGCUCAUGUUUUGAAGGCAGGAUACAUGCUCUAUGAUCGAGUUAUUAGACCAGCUGAGGUCGGUGUUACUCAGGCACUGGGUAACGAUGCAGCAGAGAAUAACACAAGUGACAAAGGCUCCGAGGCUUGAUGAUAUAGGCUAGGUAGAUUUGCCGUGGCAAAAUGUUCAAAACUUUUGCCUGUUUGAUAAGAAUUAUAUACAUGUGAGAUUUUCAUGUGAAGAGUAGUCUUUUAAAACUUUUUUUGUUCCACCUAUUUCUUGUUUCACUAUUUUUCAUAACAAAAUGCCCUCUAGAUGGCUUUUGGCA